AUGAGUGUCCGCUGGAGCACCAUUUUCCCCAACAAGCCAACCCUAACAGAGAAGAACCUUCCCGACCAAUCAGGCAAGGUCUUUCUCAUUCCCGGCGCCUCGGGUGGUCUAAGCAAGGAGAUUGCUUCAAUCCUCUAUCAGAAGAAUGGCAAAAUCUACAUGGCCGCCCGCUCCCGAUCCAAGACCAACGACCCUAUCGACAGCUCAACCGGCAAUAUGAUCUUCCUGUCACUCGUCCUCGACGAUCUGACAACCAUUAAAGCUUCGGCCAGUGAAUUCCUCGCACAGGAAAGCCGCCUGGAUGUCCUCUACAACAACGCCGGCGUAAUGGUUCCCCCCCAGGGGUCCAAGACUGUACAAGGCUACGAGCUCCAGAUUGGUGUAAACAACCUCGCCCCGUUCCUCUUCACGAAUAUGGACUAUCAUGAAGAGGGUAUUUGGUCAAAGUACUCGCGCAGCAAGGCCGGAAACGUCUUGCACGCUGUCGAGUAUGCCCGCAGAACUAUUGGCGAAGGCAUCAUCAGCAUUGCCCUCAACCCUGGUAACUUCGUGACCAACCUGCAGCAGAAUAUGCCAAGGAUGCAGCUUGCCGUGUUUAAAAUCAUCUCCCACGCACCAAAAAACGGCGCCUACACUCAACUGUUCGCAAGCCACUCUCCUACUGUCACGGAGAAGGAUAACGGUUGUUGGGUGUCGCCUUUUGGAAAGGUUGAGCCGGCUCGCAAGGAUCUCCUCGAUACUGUCCUUAGCAAACAGUAUUGGGAGUGGGCCGAGGAACAAAUUAAUAAAUACAAGUAA